GGGCGUGGGGGAGGCUCGGGUCUGCGGUGGAGCGGAGUUGUGCUUGGCUGUGAUGCCACUCGCUGCUGACUUGAGAGACGGAGUGGGGAGAGCGCGGCGUGAAGUCUCCCCUCCAUCCCUGCGGAAUUGUGCAGCCCGCUGAGCCACGCGGAAGCCAAGUGGGGAUGCGGUGCCUCUAAUCCAGACUCGGCGAGGACGCAGCGAAGGCACGGACAAUGUUCGGGCAGUGGCUGUAAGGUGCGAGAUCUUCCACCGCCACCGCCGCCGCCAUAAUGGAGCUGUUGGGAACGUCACGCCUGCGAUGGUGCCGAUGGGUGGAGGCGACGUCGUUCGUGCGUGUGGCGCUGGUGCUCGGCGCCGCGGCGGUCACGCUGGGGGACAUGCACGACGGCUCGUGCUCGCGCAAGGAGCACCCGCGCACGGCACACCAAGAUCUGGCUCCGUGGCUGCACGAGUUCACCUUCCCCGCUGCCCUCAACUACUCCCAGUUGACGAUCGACCCUGCCCGCGCCCAGCUCAUUGUGGGGGCCAGGAACUAUCUGUUCAGACUCAGCCUGGCCAACCUCUCCUUAAUUCAGGCCAGCGAGUGGGGCUGUGACGAGACGACCAGGAGAUCCUGCUACAGCAAGGGCAAGUCGGAGGCGGAGUGCCAGAACUACAUCCGUGUGCUGCUGGUGCGAGGAAACCGACUGCUGGCGUGUGGCACCAAUGCUUUCACGCCUCUGUGCACCAACCGCACCCUGGGGAACAUCAACCGUGUGUGGGAGACGCUGAACGGCGUCGCGCGCUGCCCCUUCGACCCACAACACAGCGCGGCCACGCUGCUCACGGCGCGCGGGGAGCUCUACGCCGCCACCGCCGUGGACUUCGCAGGGCGUGACCCGGCCAUCUACCGCAGCCUGGGCGGCCUACCCACCCUGCGCACCGCGCAGUACAACUCGCGCUGGCUCAACGAGCCGAGCUUCGUGCUGGCAUGGGAGGCAGGCGGCUUCGUGUACGUGGCGUUCCGUGAGGUCGCCGUCGAGCAGGAGUGCGGGCGGCGAGUCGUGUCGCGCGUCGCCCGCGUCUGCGCCAACGACCUGGGUGGCCGCUUCCUGUUGGAGGACACAUGGACCACGUACAUGAAGGCACGACUCGAGUGCUCGGGGACCCUGGGUUCCGCUUCGCCCGGGUCCGCGGCCGGUGCCGCUCCCGCCCAGGACGUGGUCGACUUCCCGGAGCUCCAGAGUGCCGUGUUCGUGCCCGAGGCUGGACUCCUGUAUGGGGUGUUCACCACCGCGGGGAGCGGGCCAGUGGCCUCCGCCGUGUGCGUGUACAACAUGAGCGACGUCAGAGAGACGUUCAACGGCCCAUUCAAGGUCCAGGAGUCGCCGCGCACGGCCUGGCUGCCCCAUCCCAAUCCCAACCCCAACUUCCAGUGUGACACGGUGCCGGACGGCUCCACCGCUAACCUAACGGUGCGGAGCCUCGUGGACGCCCAGCGCCUGUUGCUCAUGGCGGAGCCUGUGACCCCGGGCGGGGGUCGGGCCCUGCUCGCCCGCCAUGGCUCGCGUUUCACGCGCCUCGCCAUCGACUCGUCGGCGCGGGGCCGCGGCGGGGUGGUGCACCGCUUGCUGUUCGUGGCCACAGAUGAGGGCACGGUGCAGAAGGUGGCGGCUGCCUCAGGCUGCGUGAUCGACGAGAUGGAGCUGCCCUGGCCCGCCGCGCGUCAGCGUGUCCGGGCGCUGCACGCGUCCCCUGGCGAUGGGGCACUCUACGUGGGCACCGAUGGCGCCGUGCUCAAGCUGCCCCUGGAACGCUGCUCCGCUUUCCGCACAGAGAGCACAUGUGUUGGCUCGCGGGACCCGUUCUGUGGCUGGGACCUGACCCUGAGACGCUGCACCACCCUGAGGGAAAGCUCCGGCUCUGGCGCUUGGCUGCAGGACCUGUCCCAGUGCCCGGUGCGGAAUCUGACGGUGGACGGUGCGCUGGGGCCGUGGUCGGUGUGGGAGACGUGCCAGCACUCGGACGGCGGGGAGACGGGCAGCAGCUCCUGCCUAUGCCGGCGCCGAGCGUGCGACACGCCCCUGCCGCAGUGUGCCGGGCGGCCCUGUGACGGCGCCACCGUGCAGGUGGCCAACUGCUCCAGGAACGGCGGCUGGACGCCGUGGUCAGCCUGGUCAGUGUGCACCACCACCUGCUCCAUGGGCUUCCAGGUGCGGCAGCGCUCGUGCAGCAACCCCAGCCCGCGGCACGGAGGCCGAGUGUGCGUGGGGCAGAACCGUGAGGAGAGGUUCUGUAACGAGCACACGCGCUGCCCUGUGCCGGCAACCUGGUCGCCGUGGGGGCCGUGGGAGCGCUGCAGCGCGCCGUGCGGCGGGGGCGUGCGCACGCGCAGGCGAACGUGCGCCAACGCCAACGCCAACGCCAACGCCAACGCCGCCAACGGGGAAGCCUGCGCCGGGUGCGACACGGAGCACCAGGCCUGCCACAGCGACCCGUGCCCUGAGGCGAGGAAGAACACUCCGUGGACUCCCUGGCUGCCGGUGCCACCGUCAGCCGCUGGCAACAGGACGGGGGGGCAGCAGCAGCAGCAGGGGCAGGGGCAGCAGCAGCAGCAGCAGCAGCGUGGGGCCACGGGCCGCCACGAGCAGCGCUUCCGCUACACGUGCCGGGCGCGGCUCCCCGACCCCGACGCGCUCGACGUGGCGCGCAGGAAGGUGGAGAUGAGAUUCUGCGCUGCCGGCACCAACGAGUGCAGCAUGGACGUGGAGGGGCCCAGGCAGACGGGAAAAGCGAGUGCCUCGUGGGCGCCGUGGGCCACCUGGUCACCGUGCUCGCGCGAGUGCGGCCGCGGCUUCCGCAGUCGCAGCCGGCUGUGCGUGAGCGGCGGAGGGAGCAGCCUGAACCUCCAGCAGCAGCAGCAGCAACAGCAGCAGCCGCCCUCCUGCCCCGGCUCCCCGUCAGAGUUCCAGGAGUGCAACCCGCAGCCCUGCCCCGUGAACGGCGGCUGGUCGUGCUGGGCGCCCUGGUCCACGUGCUCGGCCACGUGCGGCGGCGGCCACCGGCAGCGAGGGCGCCUCUGCAACGAGCCGGUGCCGUCGCACGAUGGAGACAUCUGCCUGGGGCUGCACACCGAGGAGUCGCUGUGCAACACGCAGCCCUGCACCGCCGGCUGGGGGGAGUGGAGCGAGUGGAGCGAGUGUGACGUGGUGGGACGGCGCCAGCGCUCGCGCCUCUGCUCCGUGGCCUUCCCUGAUACCGAGCGCUGCUAUGGGAACAGCACGGAGACGUCGGUGUGCCCGCAGCAUCCCAAUGCCAUCGAAAUACCAGUCAACGUUGCGUACUCAACGAAAGAAAGCAAAAGGUCGUGUGGAGAGUUCCACAUGGUGCACCUGGUGGCGGCCGGGGUGGGCUCGGGCCUGCUCGGGUGCGUGGUGUCAGCGCUGCUCCUGGCGGCCGUGGGCCGGUGCCGGCGGCCGCAUGCACCCCGCUCACUCGAGCACCAGCCUCGCCCGUCACGCGCCGGGCAGCGCCACGCCCUUCCUCUCAACCCCUCGCUCAGCCCCACGCUCGGCAAGGUGGACAAAUACGACUCGAUCGAUGCCAUCAAGGUCCUCAACAAAAACUAUCUGAUCAACGAGGAGAAGACAAAGUGCAUCAAUUCCCACGUGCAGACGACAACCAAGACUUUUUCCAACACGCUCUACACGGAUGUCAACAAAUAUGAGGACUACUGAGCGGGCACCACGAGCCACGGAAUGGCAACGCGAGCCAGCACAGGCCGAGGCCACACCGCGGUCCCCCAGUGGAGCCAUCUCGUGGAAACACAGGCCGAGGCUCAGCCCCUUACUACGAGCAGCAGAGGCGACACUUAAAUUAGGACGCCAAGAGACGAAAGGUUCUCGCUUUGGCAACAGAAUCUUGAUGAGAAGUACAAACUUGGCGCGGCAGUUUCCAAACUUUUGAGGCGAUUGCUUGGCGUUGGAGGCAUUGACUUCAAGUGGCUGUGCUUGGAUGCGUUGCUGCAUGUCUGGUGAGAGGCUGGGCUGCUCUCUCUGAGCACAACGUGCAAAAUAGAGGGCUGCUUUCAUUGGAUAUUCAUGUAUCGCUGGGGAACUGAUCAUAAAGUCCAACACCCUUUUUAAAUGUUGCUGGUGAAGGAAGAGAAUAAAAACACUAAAGAACAGGCGAAGAUGAAACAUACAACGCUGACGUGAUACAGAUGUAACAACUUUUUUUUGUGUUUUAUGUAAAUAAAAACAUUGUCACGAUGGACACAGAACUAACCGCCAUGAGUUAAAACAAUACUGAAUUACUUGGCACUUAAACCACUGCAGUCACUGUAAGCAGAUAUGUACAAUAUAUAUAACUGAACAUAGCAUCCACUUUACCUUGAGAAAAUUAGGAUGACCCUGGCUGUCGUAAGCAAGACUUUAAUAGAGCAUAAAACGAAAAUGUAGCAUGCUUUGUUGGCUUUAUUUCGGCAAAAAUGCUCAUUUCAAGUCAGCUGUUACUCUUCAUGGCUGCUCCGGCAACCUGGCCUGCAACUGAGCAUUUAAUAAUUUAGCUUAAUGAAUACGAAAUAAGCACUGUCUGUUCCAGCGACAAAUGGUGCUGUUCAGGUUCACUGUGAGAAAAUGUCGAUGGCACUCGACUCGUCUUAUUCCUCCCUUUGUCUUUUAAGUGAAGUCUUGCGAAAAGCCAUGAAGGCAGCCAGAUAUAGGACCACAAGGAGUGUGCCCGCCACGCACCUCACGGGAACCAUAACAACAUCUAUACAUCACAGCGGCGUCUAUUGUAGCAAUCGCAACAGUGAAUGUGUGUUAUCGUCCAGUUUAAUGCGUUUGGAGCUGCCAAGAGUUACAUCACUGGUCCUGGGUUGAACAACGUGUCUUAUGCGCUUUGGAGAGUGACCACAUCUGAUGAGAACCAUUUAUGAUCCAGGGAAGUGUACUGGCAGAGAAGGCAAUCAUUUGCUUUGGUGCUAUCACAAUGAAUGUGCAAGCUGAUGGUUGAGGAAGUUGCUGGACAGGCUUCCUGUGGGCCCACGGGUCCAGUAAAAUUAACGCUUUCACAAGGUGCUUGGUACAAUUCCAAAAUCACGUGUAAAGUGGCUUUGCCUUUUUCGCAGGUUUUUCCGUCUGUUAAGAUUGUGCAUUUCCAACACAAAAUAAUAUCCUGAUUGCGUACAAGCUGCUACACUUGAAGUCUUUUAACAGGAAAGCAAGGUGUUUUUUUGUAUUUCAGCUUUU